AUGGCAAAAAACAUGUUCCAAAGCAUACCUGUCGAGGUCCUCUGGGCCAUCGCCGACGCCUGUGAAGGCCCCGAAAAUGUGGCCUCUCUCGCCAUGACGGACCGAUCCCUCCGCUUCCUCCUCUCCGACAGCGUCCCCGAGGCUGUCGCGGGCUAUGUCGCCGUGAUGUCUUUCAGUGUGCAAACAAUUAGGCUCACCUUGAACGCAAGAGGACCAAAUAGCCUCCUCUGUGGCCUCAGACACCAGCACACCGUCACAGGGAACUACGCCCUGGAGCCGGUUCUUCGUUCCAAUUCCUUGGAAAUAUUCGGCCUAAUCGAUCGAUACAUCACUCGCCACCAUAAGAGCAUAGAGAAUACUCGAAAAUAA